GUACGAGUCAACCAGCUUCGUCUCAAGCUGAUGGAGCGCUACUCAUUGCCAGCCAUACGUUCAAAGAUUGCCUAAUCCAAAAUCUCAUCCUCUGCUCGAUCGCAUCCUCUCCUCUCAAUCCUCACUCCCUCCACUCACCACAAAAACCCCUGCACUCCUCUCUCUUAAAGUUUCCCAAAACUCCCUCUCCUUCUACGAUCAUCUCCCCUCCGCCGCUUCACAUCAAUACAUUUUCCAUGGCCUCGGCUACGCUCUCGGUAGCCAAUGCCUCCCUUCAGAAGGGAUUCUCAGACUUCUCGGGGCUGAAGGGUUCGUCACUUCCUUUCUCGAAGAAGGCUGCGUCUCCUGACGACUUCCUCUCGGUUGUCGCCUUCAAGACCUCGGCUGUUGGCAGCAGCGGCGGGUACAGGAAGGGAGUAACACAGGCCAAGAAUAAACGGUGGCCAUCAACGCUCGGCCGAAUCGCCGCCAACUUCCUCCGCUGCUGGCACGGCCGGGAGAACUCCCCGCUCGACGUCAUCGCCAUCAAUGACACCGGAGGCGUUAAGCAGGCCUCCCACCUCCUAAAGUACGACUCCACCCUCGGCAUCUUCGACGCCGACGUCAAGCCCGCCAGCGACACCUCCAUAGCUGUUGACGGCAAGGUUAUUCAGGUCGUUUCCAACCGUAACCCUGCCAACCUCCCCUGGAAGGAAUUGGGAAUUGACUUGGUUAUUGAGGGAACCGGAGUGUUUGUAGACAGUGAAGGAGCAGGCAAACACAUCCAAGCUGGAGCUAAGAAGGUCCUCAUCACCGCACCGGGCAAGGGCGACAUCCCGACCUAUGUGGUGGGUGUCAACGCCGACGCCUACAACCCUGACGAGCCCAUCAUCAGCAACGCUUCUUGCACAACCAACUGCCUCGCGCCGUUCGUUAAGGUCCUCGAUCAGAAAUUCGGCAUCAUCAAGGGCACCAUGACAACCACCCACUCCUAAGCCGCCCUCAACAUCGUCCCCACCUCGACCGGCGCCGCCAAGGCUGUGGCCCUCGUCCUCCCCUCCCUCAAGGGCAAGCUCAACGGCAUAGCCCUCCGCGUCCCCACCCCCAACGUGUCAGUUGUAGACCUCGUCAUCCAAGUCUCCAAGAAAACAUUCGCCGAGGAAGUCAAUGCUGCCUUCAGAGAGAGCGCCGACAAUGAGCUGAAGGGGAUCCUCUCCGUCUGCGAUGAGCCGUUGGUGUCGGUGGACUUCCGGUGCACCGACGUGUCGUCGACCGUCGACUCGUCGUUGACGAUGGUGAUGGGGGAUGACAUGGUGAAGGUGAUUGCAUGGUAUGAUAAUGAGUGGGGUUACUCGCAGAGGGUGGUUGAUUUGGCUGAUAUUGUUGCUAACAACUGGAAGUGAGGCUCUACAUUGAAGUAUUCUUGUGAAUGAAUUUUAUGAAUUUUUGUUGAACCGUUGUAAGGAGAUUUUUAAACCUUUUGAAAUGUAUAUUUCUUUCAAAAUUGUCCAAGAUUGAUGUUUCUUGCCUUCCUUGGGUAAGAUUUGGCCUUCAAAGAGACUAGAAAUUUUUCUACUCAC